GUUACUGUCAAAUGUCUUGCCGAAAUUAGUAAUUGCAACCAGACGCAAAUUUACCGAGAAGAUUUGCUGUUUCCUUACAUCUGUUACAAAAAUCACAGAAAACAAUGGCCAGCGAACAAGCUAAAGAAGCCAAAUUGAACGAGAAGAUUAUUGGGGAAUUCCAACAGCUCAGAAAUGAACAACGAAACCUCGUAAACAAUUUAAAUACGCUGGAGAUGGACUUGAAAGAGCACAAAACUGUGAUAGAAACCCUCAAAACAGUAGAUCCAGAGCGCAAAUGCUUUCGAUUGAUUGGCGGCGUGCUAGCAGAACGGACCGUCAAGGAUGUGUUACCGCAACUAAUUGAAAAUAAAGACUUUAUCGAGAAAACGAUCACACGCGUGAACGAAGAUCUCACCGCUAAAGGACAACAGAUCAACAAAUUUAAAGAGGAACACAAUAUUAAGAUACGGGGAGAACAAAUGUCCAAUGAAACACCAAAAAGUGAGGAAGACGAAAAAAAAUCGGAAAACAGAAAUGUUUUAGUGUCGAAUUAAUCAAAUUGGGGGGAAAUGAAUGUGUAAUGCGAUCAAUAACUACGCGUACUGUGCCCAUUCGACUCCCGUCCAUGUUUCUAGAGAUUGGGAGUUCGCAAUAAUCAAAGAUAACACUUACAAUUAAUUUCGGUAAUAAGACUAACUUUCAAUUAAAAAGAAAAGGCUAUAGUUCAGUUGUCUACAAUUGCCGGUUCAGCUUGCUUCCAUCGCAGUUUGAAAUAUGGGCCGAUGAAAAUAAGUACAUGCAUUGAUUAAAAUUAUAUAUGUAUAUUUAAUUAAAAUACUUUUUUAAAAUAAUAAUGUUUAUCAGAAAUAGUAUAUAAAUAGAACUGUAAAUCCCUUCUUCACAAUAUUUUUGAAACAAAAUUAAAUUGUCUAAGAGCUACUUAAAGAACUGAACAAACAUUGGCUAACAGAAAUAGUAAACUGAUAUUCUAACAGAAUAGUUCAAGAAAUUUAUGGAAUAUAUCGCUUCUUUUAAGAUGAGCAAUCAUCAUAUUUCAUCCUACUAAAAUGCAAAUAACAUUUAAA